AUGAUAGAUUCUCAUGGGAGCCAAUGCCCGAGCUGCGUAGCCGGCGGAGGCUUUGGUGCUGGAUUCGGUGCUGGCUUCGGCGGAGGCUUCGGUGCCGGUACCGGUGGAGCGCACGCUUCAAGUGAGGAUGGUGACGGAGACAAAAAGGGAAAAGGAGAAGAAGGUGGUGAAAGUGGAGGAGGUGCUGGCAAAGGAGGAGGAGGUGCUGGCAAAGGAGGUGGAGGUGCUGGCAAAGGAGGUGGUGCAGGCCUCGGCCUAGGUGGUUCUGGCAAAGGAGGUGGUGCCGGUGGUGCUGGUGCUGGAGGCGCUGGGGGGGCGGGCUUGGGCGGUGCAGGUGGCGGUGGUGCGGGCUCUGGAGGAGCCGGAUCCCAAGGCAUUGGUUCUAAUGGAGGUGCUGGGGGUGCUGGAGGUGGUGGCCAAGGUGGUCAAGGUGGUGGCCAAGGUGGUCAAGGUGGUGGCCAAGGUGGUGGAGGUGGUGGUCAAGGUGGACAAGGAGCCCAAGGUGGUCAGGGAGGUCAAAGUGGCCAGGGUGGUCAGCAACAAGGUGCUGGAGGUGGUGGCCAAGGUGGUCAGGGAGGUCAAGGUGGCCAGGGUGGUCAACAAGGUGGCUCUGGUCUCGGCGGCGGAUCUGAUAUCCUAGGGGGCCUGCUAGGCGGUGCUAACCAAGGAGGCGGCUCUGGUACUGGAGGGAGCUUUGGAGGCAACGGCCAAGAGGGGCAGAAAGGUGGACAAAGUGGUGGAGGAAAAGGUGGUCAAAGUGGUGAAGGAGGUGGUGGUGGCCGAGGAGGGGGUGGAGGUGGAGGUGCAGGCCAAGGUGGAGGAGGUGGAGAUGGUUAUGGUGGAAGAGGAGGCGGCGGUGGCAGUGGAAGUGGAGGAGGUGGUGGUGGUGGAAAAGGAGGAGGAGGUAGAGGGGGUGGUGGUGGUGAAGGACAUGGAGGCGGCGGCGGCAGCGGCGGCGGUGGUGGUGCAGGAGGUGGUUUUGGAGCUGGCUUCGGGGCUGGAGGUGGUGCAGGGUUUGGUGCAGGCAGGGGAAGAUAG